AUGGAGUGCGAUGGUUUUGUUCAACAUGCUCAUGGAUUGAGUGAUGAAAUCAACAGAGUCACCAGAGGUUGCACAAUCAUAGGUGACAGCAGGUGCAGGAAACACUUCACCAGAGGUUGCAACAGAGUCACUGGAGGUUGCAUCAUUGCCCACCAAUCAGACUCUCUUAUGAAGGGGACGACGUCGUUGAAGCAAGUAAAAGCAGACACAAGGGAAGGUACAGUGAGGUUGGAGAGGACUCCUAUUUCAAAUUCGGGGAAAGGGGAUUUUAGUCAUAGUCGCCCCAAAGGGAGCCGCAAUAAGAAGGAUAAGCAGUCACCAACUUUACUUGAGCAAGUUACCGACGAUGAGGAGGUUACUACUAGAGUGAAGAGAGUCAGGGCAAAUCCUGGGUUUGUGCAUCCAUUAAUUUCUGAAAUAGAUAGAGAGUUUCAUAGGUUAAUUAGAGCACGUAGAGCUUUUGUAAUUGAUCCUCAUUCAAGUGAUUCUGAUUCUGACCUUGAUUUUGAUUCUGAUUUUGUUGCAGUUUUUGAUAACAUGGCUGAAGAAGGACCGCGAGAAAGAACAUUAAGGGAGCUGGCUGCACCUGAUUUCACCUACGAAAGCUUGUGUAUCCAGUAUCCUGAGGAUGUACCAUGUGUACUCAAAACUGGACUAAUCCAUUUAUUGCCUAAGUUUGGUGGUCUUGCAGGUGAAGAUCCUCAUAUGCAUAUCAAGGAGUUUCGUACUGUCAUAUCCACCAUGAAGCCUCCUGAAGUUGACAAAGAUCAUAUCUGUUUGAAGGCUUUUCCUCAUUCUCUUCAGGGAAUUGCAAAGACUUGGCUGUAUAUCCUGCCUCCUUCGUCCAUUGCAAGCUGGGACGACCUGAAAAGAAAGUUUCUUGAGAAGUUCUUCCCUGCCUCUAGGACAACUUCAAUCAGAAAAGACAUCUCAAGAAUCAGGCAGCUACAUGGAGAGACUCUACAUGAAUACUGGGAAAGAUUCAAGACACUAUGUGUGAGCUGCCCCCAUCACCAGAUUUCCGAGCAGCUCCUAGUUCAGUAUUUCUAUGAGGGUUUGCUCAACAUGGAAAGACAUCUCAUUGAUGCUGCUUGUGGAGGUGCAUUGAAUGACAUGACUCCUACUGAAGCCAGGCAGUUGUUUGAGAAGAUGGCUGCUAAUUCUCAGCAGUUUCACACAAGGAGUAAUGAUGCUGUUAAAACUGUUAAUGAGAUUGGGACAGAUCCAAGGAUGGACAAGCUUGAGAAGAGGAUGGAAACCAUUGCCAGCUUGGUUACUCAAUUGGCCAUGAACCAGAAUAAACCUUCACAACAGGAAAAGGUUUGUGGCAUUUGCACUAAAGACCAUAAUACUGAUGUUUGUCCUUCUCUGCAGGAACCUACGGAUGAGAAUCCUGAAGCAUAUGCUGCCAACAUUUUCAAUAAUCGACCUCAGCAAAAUUAUGAUCUGUCAUCUAACAGAUAUAACCCUGGCUGGAGAAAUCAUCCAAAUCUUAGAUGGCAAUCUAAAGAAUCUUCAUUGGAGGACAUGUUGAAGCAGAUGACAGCCCAAAACAUACAGUUCCAACAAGACACCAGAUCCUCUAUUCAGAAUCUGACCACCCAGAUAGGACAGAUGGCUACUUCAAUAAACCAGCUACAGUCCCAGAAUUCUGAUAAGCUGCCCUCUCAGACGGUUGUGAAUCCAAGAAAUGUGAGUGCCAUCACCUUACGGUCGGGGAAGCAAAUUGAUGCAAAUCAUGGACCAGAGCCAGAGCCUGAACCUGAAAAGGAGACAGAGACCACUGCCACAAGAACCUUCCAAGUACAACCACCUUCCAUUCCUCUUCCAUUCCCUCCGAAAGCUAUGCCAAGCAAGAAGAAAGAAGAGGUAGAUAAGGGAAUCUUGGAGAUAUUCAAGAAAGUGGAGGUGAACAUACCUCUACUUGAUGCACUCAAGCAAAUUCCAAGAUAUGCAAAGUUUCUGAAAGAAUUAUGCACUCAGAAAAGGAAGCUGAAAGGAAAUGAAAGAGUUCGCAUGGGGAGAAACGUUUCUGCAAUCAUAGGUAAAGCUGGUAAACCUGCUCCUGUUUCUGAUGUUCCUGAAAAAUGUGAGGAUCCAGGUACGUUUUCUGUUCCUUGUGUCAUAGGUGAUACUAAAUUUGAAAAUGCCAUGCUAGAUCUAGGAGCUUCAAUUAAUGUGAUGCCUAUGUCUAUUUUUAAAUCACUUUCACUUGGACCUUUGAAACCUACGGGUGUUGUCAUCCAAUUAGCAAAUAGGAGCACGGCACACCCUGCUGGAUGGGUAGAGGAUGUUUUGGUUAGGGUUGGUAAACUUGUUUUCCCUGCUGAUUUUUAUGUGCUUGAAAUGGAAAAAGGAUCUCCCCGUAAUACAGUUCCUAUCAUUUUGGGGAGACCAUUUUUAAAGACAGCCCGAACCAAGAUAGAUGUUUAUGAUGGUACAUUGACUAUGGAAUUCGGUGAUAUUGUGGUUAGGAUAAACAUUUUUGAUGCUAUGAAACAUCCACCUGAAGAUUAUUCUGUGUUUCAUAUUGAUUUGCUUGAUGAACUGCUUGAUGAUAUGCUUGAUGAACAUGAAUCUGAUUUCCUACAUGAUUCUGAUUAUCCUUCCCUAACUGAGUCAUACACUUGUCAUACAUGUACUGCUACUGAAAUGUGUGAUUCUUGCAUUGAUCAAUUUUUGGACACUGUUGUUGUUGACUCAGAUGUUAAGAAAUCUGAUUGCACUAACCCAGUUGUUGAAGUGCAGGCUGCAGAAACUGUAUCUGCUAGUUUGGUUCCAUCUGUUUUGCAGGCACCCGUAUUGGAGCUUAAGCCCUUACCAGAUAACCUCAAGUAUGCUUACUUGGAGGAUGAUAAGAAGCUCACUGUCAUUGUUUCCUCAACCCUUCAUGAAAAUCAAGAGGAAAAUCACUACUGUUUUCUUGAUGGUUUUUCUGGGUACUUUCAAAUUCACAUUGCUCCUGAGGACCAAGAAAAGACCACAUUCACUUGUCCCUUUGGCACUUUUGCCUAUAGGAGGAUGCCCUUUGGUCUAUGCAAUGCCCCUGGUACAUUCCAGCGGUGCAUGGUAAGUAUUUUCAGUGAUUUCUUAGAGAGUUGUAUCGAGGUCUUUAUGGAUGAUUUCACUGUUUACGGAUCUUCAUUUGAUACAUGUUUAGAUAAUCUGGAUAAAGUUUUGCAUAGAAUUAUUGUGUAUACUGACCAUGCAGCUCUAAAGUUCCUGUUGAAGAAGGCUGAAUCAAAACCUAGGUUGGCAGUGGGUGGUCACUUUGGACCCCAAAGGACAGCACGCAAGGUGCUUGAUUCUGGAUUUUACUGGCCCACCAUCUUCAAAGAUGCGUCAAGGAUUUGCAGCACUUGUGAGCCAUGUCAGAGAGCAGGCAGUACCAUUUCUUGGAGAAAAGAGAUGCCUCAACAGUCCAUGCUGUUUUGUGAGGUUUUUGAUGUCUGGGGUAUCGAUUUUAUGGGUCCUUUUCCUGUUUCUUUUGGUUUUUACUAUAUUUUGCUUGCUGUUGAUUAUGUUUCUAAAUGGGUGGAAGCUAAGGCCACCCGGACUAAUGAUUCUCGAGUUGUUGUGGAUUUUGUUAGGUCUAACAUCUUUUGCAGGUUUGGCAUUCCUAGAGCAAUCAUUAGUGACCAAGGCACCCACUUCUGCAAUAGGUCCAUGCAAGCUCUUCUCAAGAAAUAUGGGGUUGUUCAUAGAAUUUCCACACCAUACCAUCCUCAAACAAAUGGGCAAGCUGAGAAUUCCAACAGAGAGAUAAAGAGGAUCUUGGAGAAGACUGUCCAGCCUAACAGGAAGGAUUGGAGCAAUAGACUUGAGGAUGCUCUUUGGGCCCAUCGUACUGCUUACAAAGCACCCAUCGGAAUGUCUCCUUAUCGCGUUGUUUUUGGUAAGGCAUGUCAUCUCCCUGUUGAGAUAGAGCAUCGUGCUUAUUGGGCUGUGAAGACUUGCAACUUGGCUCUUGAUCAAGCUGGUGGCGAAAGAAAGCUUCAAUUGAGUGAGUUAGAUGAGAUCCGCUUGGAAGCCUAUGAGAACUCUAAGUUCUACAAAGAGAAGACCAAAAUAUUCCAUGAUAGCUUGAUUUCUAGAAAAGACUUUUUGGUUGGACAACAAGUGUUGUUGUAUAACUCUAGGCUUGGCCUAAUGAGCGGUAAGCUUCGUUCUAAGUGGAUUGGUCCUUUUGUUGUUACUAAUGUGUUUCCUUAUGGUACUGUAGAGAUCAAAAGUGAAUCCACAGAUAAGAGCUUCAAAGUUAAUGGUCAUCGCCUCAAGCAUUUCCUCACUAAUCCUUCUCUUGUGAAUGCUACCAUGGACGAUGUUUCCUUGGUUGUUUCCACCCUCCGCCCGCCAUGA